AUGCCACUUGCGCAUGAAAGCACCAUGCCGAGCUCGAGCAGGGAACCGCCCAAGAAGCGACCACCCCAGCAGCUCUUGGACGGUGGCAGGUCGUGUAGCAGGACGGCCGCGAUCCCGUCCUGGAAGUUCUGCAAAGGCUUUCAGCCCCUGAUUCCCUGCGAGCUUUGCGAUGAGAGGCUGGAGCCAGGUAGCUACUCUGCGCACGUCACCAAGCAUGGGCAGCUUUAUCCCAGAGAGGCAGAGGCACCCUUGUCACUGCUUCCUUGUGAAGUCUGCGCAGAUCUCUUCUUGCCGAGCGAGUACGAGGGCCACCUCCAAAAGCAUGUCGCCGCUUCUCAGAUACACGAGCUGCGUACACAGCAAACACCUGUUGCGAGGGCAGCAUGCUGGAUUCAGCAAGUGAGAUCUGGAGCUGAAGAAAAGGGUGUGCAGCAAGCCUGCGUCGCGAAUUUCGACUUAGCGGUCAGCUUUGCUGACAGAGCCAUCAGGCAGACAUCCUUUUUGUCACCCGAGCUUGCGAUGCCGAAAGUUGUCCAUCACUGGACGCCAACAAAGAACUUCGAAAGUAUCGUGAAUAGCAACUUGCGCGUCCCGGACCGGAAGAAGGUGUUCCACCAGACAGAUGAAGGUUGCUACGGAUCAGGGAUAUAUACAUCCCCCGACUUUCACUUUGGCACAAGCUAUGCUCGCAACAACGGCGGCUGCUUCAUGUGCUUAGGUUUGCCAGGUCGCCAAUGGCCUGCAAGGAAAUCCAAAGAUUACGGUGUCCCUCGCAGGAGGAACUACGACACCCAUAUCUCGCCGAACAAGAAGGAAUGGGUCUUCUUUGCAUCGGACCAGCUGCUGCCCUGUUUCUGGGUCGAGCUGCAGGACACGAAAACGCAGUCGGUCGCUUUGGAGCUUGUGGAGGCCUUGGCAGCGUCAAUUCGGAAAGAUUUGAGGCUGGAGCUCAUCCAGAGCGACGGAACCAAGGCGCCGGAAGCAUCCGCCCGCAACAAGAAGACACGCGGGACGAAGCACCGAUAG